AUGGCAUUUGAAUCACAGUUUAUAGCAGUCACUUCCACGUCCACCAUUAAGGUGUCCUUUUGGAUCUACUUGGUAGACUGGGUGCUAGCGUUGAUCUUGGGUCUCGGGUUCAUCUUCUACUUCCACAAGCUAUUGGGUUUCCUAUUUUCCCUACUAUUCAAGUUGAUACUCUGGACGGCGUAUAAAACCAGGAUCCGCGUGGACGCAAUGAAAAUCUCGCCGCUAGCCGGCAGGAUAUUCAUCAAAAACCUCACCAUCACAACUAGCGAUGCAACUAUUUCCAUUUUGAACGUAACCUUGACCUGGAGGUACUGGCUCUUUAGGUUGACCAAGCUCUCGAACUACUACUGGGACACCGACUACGAAGUUGGCGGAGUCACGCAAAAGCAAAACGACGAGCUGCCGUCUCGGUUUGUUAUGGUUGUGGAUGGGUUGGAGAUUUUCAUCUACAACCGCACGGAGGCAUUUGACAACAUUGUUGAGAUUUUGAAAACGGGUGACAACUCAGCAACAAAGGAGACGGAAAAAUCGUUUGCAUCGUCAACAUCAACGUCUUCGGGUGAGAGCUCGGCUUCGCACCGGAACGACAAGGAAGGAGAGUCGAUUGAGUUUGUCAGAAAGUCCAAAAGCAGGUCCUUGAUGUUGUUUCUCUGGGUAUUGCCCUUGGAGAUUAGAGUCAAAAAGGGAGCCAUUGUGUUGGGGAAUGUCGUGACACCUUCUAUUCUAGUGGCCUCGUUCAAAUCUGCAAGGGGAUCAAUAGACGUGUCAAAAGCACCAAACUCACUAGACCCCUACAGACUACUCCACGAUCUUCAGUUUUUGCAAUUCCAGAUCGCAAUGAAGACAAAUCUCGGAUACGACAAGCAUAGAUACGACACUCACCCCAAAGACAAGUCCCAAAGGAGUCACGCAGACAUGAAGAGGUAUAAAGUAUGGCGCAGAUUCACUCGUGCCAUGCAAUGGGUGCGCAAGAGACUCGAUCAGGGCCGCGAGGCUUCACGAGUCGACCUACCGCACAACCAAUGGAGAGGCUUGAAACGGUACGUAGGCGAGUUUCAAGAACCAGAGGUGUUGUCGCCAAUGAGCACAAACCAGGAACAGUAUGCCAAGUACAGUUUGAUCUUAGACUCCACCAUGACACGAUUCAUCUACUAUUAUGACUCCCCCGGUGUGCAAACUGGUAUUGACUCGGGGGAGGCGCCUGAAUCAGGUCUCGAGAUUGAGAUCUCCCAUGGGACUAUACAUUAUGGACCAUGGGCCGACCAACAGCGGGCACCCCUACAAGACAUGUUGUUUCCUCCGCUAGCCAAAGAUUCAACACCAAACUAUGCAGGCGUGGCCUCAGAAGGGAGCAAGAAAAGAGAAUACCAGGGUUUCAAGAUUGCCGUUAUUGUGCGGGACGACUUGGUCGUGCGGGUGCCCACUCGCGAACCGAGCAAAGACAAUGACUACAUCAGCCUGGGAGUGCCCAAGACCGGCCGGCCGUUUGGGUGGAUCGAGUUGAAGCUCGGCGAAGGGUCCAACGUGGGUGUUUUCACUUCGUACGUCACCGACAAGGAGGACAAGUGGCCGAACCGGCUAAAGAUGGUUUUCAACAUGCCCGAAAUGCGGACAUCGGUGAAUCACGAUGUGUUGUUCUUGGCCGACUCCCACGAGAUUAGCGCCGACAUUGGCCUCCCGUUGCUGUGGAACGGGAAAUGCACCUGGACAUUUGACCAGGUCAGUUUGAAUGCGAGGAUGUUUUUGUUGCGAGAGCACCUUUUGCUAUUUUCCGACCUAUUCGCUGACUUUGCAUCAGGCGAGCCGCUCCCGUACGAAUACUUUAGACCAUUUGUCUACAACAUCCAGUGGAAGCUAAUCAACUACGAGCUAUAUUUGAAUGUCAACGACAACAACAUCAUAAACCACCCUUUGGACUUUAGCAACAACAAGUACCUCUCCUUUGAAGGCAAACAGAUGGACUGUACUGUGGGAAUCCCCAUGUAUGGCUCACUCACCAAAAAAUCUACAGUUUCUUACCACGUCUCAACGCCAAAGUUCAACUUGAAUUUGCAUAUACCGCCCUGGCACACAGUGAACGCAUUCAUGGCGAAAACGAUUCUCGUUGGCAGCAGCGGUCAUUUCGAGGUCUCGGGGGCCUACACGUUCUACAGCGGCGUCGAGAUCAACACGUCCAACUGCGUGGAGAUGAACUGCAUUGGUGAUGAAGUGUGCUUGAUAUUCUAUGGGUUUGCCAUCAGGUACUUGUUUACGAUGCGAGAAAACUAUUUCGGAGACCACAUUCAUUUCAAGACGUUUGAGGAGUUCAACAACCGAGGUGGAAGCACAGCCACAGAGGAGGACAAGGCACCGGCCAAGGACGAGAGUUACUGGGGGAUGCUCAAAGUAGAAAACGAUGUUGAUGUGUUGUUUACUUUCCAGGUGAGAAACGGGUUGAUCAUCUUGCCUGAGCAUUUGUACAGUUGCCGGUCCCAUGUGGGAUUGUAUUUUGACAUGUUGGACGUUGACCUUCGAUUCACAAACUACUACAUGGACAUGCAAGCAGACUUUAGCCCGGUUUCAGGCACCGUGGUCCACGACUUUGAUGAAAAAAUGCCAUUUGUAGAUGUAGGAGAAUACGCACAGAGCCAUUUCGCGACUCGUGCCGACAUGCACGUCGACGGAUUCAGCGUCCACUCGCACAGAAUGUUUGGCAUACCUCCCACCGAGUUGACCUUUUGGUGUAAAUGGGAUUUUGCCAGCGGCGAGUGGGUGAUUGAUGGCGACCCCGGUAUCAUCAGGGCACUAAAAGCGGGGAUUUCAAACUUCGGAUCGGGGUUGCUGGACCAUGAAAACGCGUUGGGUGAGUUGUUCCCACCUGCGUUUGAUGCAGCCAACUUUUCAUUUCGCUGCCCGAGAUUUUUAUUCAAGUUGAGACCCGACGUGCUGAGCCUAUUGGAGUUCCAGAUGGACGAUUUAUUGUUGUCGUACAAUGACAUGAGCAACAACCGGUACUCAAACAGACUAUCGGUGUCGAUCCCGGGCAUCACAGCCAAGGCACUGACAACAUGCCGCCACGGCGAUAUGAAGCUAGUGUUUUACCUUCAAACGUCGUUGACCUUGGUGAACAUCUGUCAGAAAAAGGACAUGAUGGGCCGUCGAGCGAUACAACAGCUUCACAUGCGCAAUAGCGAUGCUCCUUUCCACCGCGCCCCCUUUUUGCUUUCCGAGGAGUACAGGGAUAGGUUUUACGACGCAAACAAGGGGAGCUUCAUGACCUCGUUGUCACUCCCACAAGUGGCCAUCCCUUUGACGGAGUUUACUGCUGAUGUGGUUCUUGAAAGCGGCAGUAGUAGUGUUUUGCACAGCAGUGUUGAUGAUGUCUGCCCGAUUGGUGAGCAGACGUAUCCCACAGUCGUUUAUGACAGCGAGGACUUUACUCCUUCUUAUGUGGUGGAACCAGACACUGAGUAUGACAAUAUCAUUGUGGAGCUUGGCGCACUCAAAGCCUACAUUUGUCCCGAGGUUUUUUCGCUAGUGUUUGCCUUGAUGACGAAGGUCAUGGCGGAUGUCAGCAUGGAGUCGCUCAUGGACCAGAUCGAAGUCUCCACUAUUGAGUCAUUGAACGCAAUGCAGAAGUUGUCCCAGUCGGUCAAGAACUUUCGCGUGGUGAACCACGAGUGUGUAGUGCACUUGUCGAUGGAUGUGGGUAGUGAUGUUGCUAGUAUGCAAAGAGGAGGCGCAGCAAAAAGGCUAGAAUUGGUGUUGUCCAAUUUCUCCGCCGCAGUCUCCCAAAAGGCCUUCUUGGCGGGAGAGGAUGUGGAUGAUGCACAGUCUGAGGAGUUGUCGCUUGCAGUCCACGUUGAGUGUGUUUCUGUGACAUCUCUCGGGGAAGAGGGUAAGAACCUGGCAAUAGUGGCGGAAGCUAGGGACCUAGAGUUGUGGGCUGACGUGAGAGACGGCAGUAUCGUGGGCUCCGCUGAUGUCAACUAUUUGAGUUUCGAAGUUGACAUGGCUGAAAUCAGCAAUCAAAUUCAGUCUUGUCAGGCUGUACUUCAAUCCAUCAACCCUGCUUUGACGAUUCUCGACACUAUCGAAAAGAACAGCUUCUUGCAGGCAAAGCUUAUCCACGAGUUGACGUUGGCCUCUGUUGAACAUGCAAUCGAUCACGACCCCGAUGUCCUCACGCGACCGGCGUACAUAUUGCGAUCCAAGAAGGACCACAUGCGGAACUCCGACGGCUGGAAGAUCGUGGCAAAGUUGCGACACACCCUUCGGAGCUUGCCGAGUAGUUGGUUGCACAACGCGAUGGAGAACUUGCGCGACAAGGGCCUCUCGCUAAACGCGCUUGAAGAGGUGUGGGUGUAUUUUUCCAACUGGAGAGCGUGGGAGUCGAACCCGCAGCAGCGGCGGCAGAUGUUGGAAGGAAUAUUCAAGGGAGCCGGGAAAAGCACGCCUUUGCAGGUUGACUUUGUCACAUCCAUACACAGAGUCUCGGUCCAUUGCGCAAGCCUUGAGGAGCCAGCAUACUUUCGGUUGCGCGACAUCUACUGCACGGGGACUCUGCUGCCACCUCAGGGUGAUGUAAAGAAAGGUAUCAACGCAGCGUUGAGCGUGGGUUCUUAUGAGGGGAAAAUCACAAACACGUUUCUCCAGUCAUUGUCGAGACUCAACCUUGGUGAUCUCGCCACAAAAUCACAUCAUUCGAAUCAGGGAGCCAAGGAGCAAAGUCAUAUACAAGUCACGGUAAAAGUUGAUCAUUUCGACCAAUCAGUUGAGCUUUUAAACGCUGCAGGUACUUUCAGCGUGAGGAACUGCUUGACAAUGUUCCACAAGGAUGACUCGGAAUCACGGUUGCAAGUUGUGUCGAAUAUUGAAAUGCUAGAGGUGGCACUACAUGCCAUGAAAGAGCAAAUGCUUACGCAAAGCUGUUACAAGUCAAACGUGGUGUUUGUGAAACUAGGGUCGCUGAUGCAGGUGAACGUGGAGACAGAGGGAACAAGAACCAGCUUGGUCAGUCGCCGUGAUCGAAUUAUGCAAGUGUUGCAAGUACUCAUGGCGGAAGACGUCCCGUUUGUAAAAGGGUUGGCAUCAAAGGACUCAGGAUCUCCAAAGUCGUCGCCGCCUGCAAAGCCUUUAUUUUUGAGCUGCACUGCCAAGGCCAAGGAAAUCGUCUGGAAGAUAGACUUGCUUGACCCGCUCCACUUUGCAGGUGCCCUCACGGGAUUUGCGAUUAGCACCACUAUGAAAGAUGGCCGUGUCUCUACUCGAGUUGAGUUCCAGCGACUCAAGAGCAACUUCUGCAUCGACCGCCACAGUGUACUCGAACUCCAUUCCACCGAGCUUGUAAGCUUGUGCGGUGUUGAAAGUGCUGAAGAUUUGAUGUUGCUCUCGUCGGAACUCUCCAUCGGAUACUUGAAGCUCCGAUUUGCAGAUGUCACUCGGAUAAUGAGAUUUGUGUCAUUUCAGAUGCCCAAAUUGCAAGAAAAGCUUGCCAAAUUACACUCCUUGCUUUCCGAUGGCAAGGGAGCCCGCCAUGAAAACAAGACAAACCAUCUAUUCAGGCUCAAGUUCAAGGGAGAGUACUUGGAGUUGGCAGCUGUUUUCAACAAGGCAAGCUUGGGGUUCAGCGUCGAGGGCACCAGCUUCAACGUUUGCAACAUUUCCGUAGUCCAGGAGUUGGAAAACUUGCCCAUCGCCAAGGAAGUGCCUGCUUACGGGGACGUUGUGAUACCAGCGUCCCGAGUGAGCUUGGUGGGAAAGAAUAUCCCGUUGGCAUUGUCAAACAUCAUUGCUCUAAACUUGGCUGUGCGGUUGUUCAAUGACACGGACUCCAGAAACACACGCCAGAGCUUGCAGAUUGAGUCGGAGUUUUGCCGUGUUGCCUUGUCUGAAUCUAUUGUGAUUGCGUCCAUCAAGAUACUAGACGAUAUAUUGCCAAUGCUUCCAAAACAAGCAAAAACUUCACCAAAGCCCAGACAGGAUCAAGUUCGCAACAGCGUCGAGAUGGCCAUCUACUCCCGAUUUUCCGCUUUUCAAUUCCUUUCCUACAACUUUUGCAUGGGCUGGCUUUUCAACGACCGGUCAAAGGACUGCCCCGGGGUCAUUAUCGGCGCAGAAAAGUUUUUUGCAGCCACCGAGGAAAGCUUGGGCAAGUUCACCUUGAUGGGGGCGUACAUCUCCUUAGCACAUGGAGGCACGGCCAAUGACUUCUACAGCACACGGUCUGAAAGAACCAGUUUGAAUAGAGCCUUUUUGCCCAACUUGCAGAUGAUCUACAUGAUAGAGAAGCAGGAUAAAAAGUCCAAGCAUUUGCGGUUGUCGCUCAAUGGAGACGAGAUAGAUGUGCAGUUUGUGUCGACAUCGAUUGGCACCUUUGUUGAGAAAUCUGCGAGCUCCGCAUCGCGAAUCCAGAAGUAUAUGGAGAGAAAGUCGUGGUUAUUCGACGACAAGGCGUCCGAGCCCAAGCCGGCGCGACCGUCAUCAGACUUCAAAAUCCCAUUCCAAUCGGUCGAGUUUGUCUCGACAUUUGCAGGCUCCAAUGUGUUGAUAUCAAGAAUGGAGGACGAGGAUCUUGGGGAGAAAAAGUCGUUGUUUUUGCAUGCUCCUGCCAUCAAGACCAUCUUCAAGUUUUCUGAAUGUUUAAACGGCAAGAAAAAGCUUAGUGGGGAGUUGGUGACCUCUUCUUCCGAAAACACAUUAUUUCCACAGUGUGUGCCGGUGCUCGUGGACAUCAUCUCCAGCAUCAAGGAGUCGAUGCACAAACCUGAAUCUGGCAAGGACAAGGAGCUGACUAGCAAGGCUUCGAACGAGGUGAGCCGCAGCGAUGGCUUUGUUUUGGACGACUUUGCGUUUGACAUAGCGAUAAGGAUCGAGAGGCAGCAGCUUACACUCAGCUGUGAGCCCACCGCGAAGGUUGCGGCAGUUGUUGGACUUGAAGGGAUCCUAGUGCAGAUUGGCUCCAACGACCUGAAGGGGAAAUCGCUCCACUUUUCAGUGCUCAUGGACGGUGUUGCCGCAUCGCUUCAGCACGUCUACUCGAGAGACAUCAGCGCGUCGUUGAAAAUGGAGAGAAUCUUGCUCCUGAGUGUGCUCGAGUUUGGUCGAGCUGGGGGGAUGUUCUCCACCGGUUGCGUGACCAACGCAGAUGCGUACGUCAACGUGAAGCAGUACCAAGAUGUGGACUUGUUCAAAGACAUCUGGUUUCCAAAGCACUUAUACGACCAUCACCACGACGAUGAGAGUCACCACCCGGGAGGCCAUGCUGCAACAGCUUCGACUUCCUCGGAGUUGGCGCAGAACAAAAACAUUGCUAUGAAGUUUCGAGAGGUGUCGACAACUUAUGCAUUUCCCUGGGUCGUGGUCUUUGUAACAAACAAGGUCAACGUUGAAGUCGACUUUGGCCAAGCGUUGGGCAUCUUCAGACUCGUCAUCGGCAACUUCUGGGCCGUUUCCAAGAAAUCCCAGGACUGGUCGCAGGACUUGAAGACGGGCAUCAACGAGAUCGAUCUCUCCGCUGAGGGCAGGUUGGGCGGGUCCUUGCUUGUGCGCAACGUGAAUUUGCACACCGCUAUCAAAUGGAACAUUGGCGGAGCAGAGACCUUGGACGUUCCCUUGGUGUUGAUCUCGGCGGGUAUUGCCGAGUUGCUGCUCAAGAUGUCCUUUGACUACCAUGUGAUUGCCAUUGCCUACCUCGACGGCUUUUCAAUGGACAUCUACAAUAAAAAGAAUGAAAUCGCCCUCACCAAGGACCACUUGAUAUUUGUCAGCAAGUUCAAAGCGCUCGAGAUAUACUUGACCUCGUUGACGGCGUCGAACUUUAUGGACAUUGGCAAUACCAUUUCACGCAUGAACCAGGACAACAAAAGUUCCUACAAGGAGAUCCUCAGAGACUCCUCGCGAGGCAAGUCGAUAAGCCAAAGGAUGCCGUCGAGGUCGUUUCUGAAGCACUCCCUCUUGAAAACGGUAAAGAAGCUAGACACGCAGAUAUUGGUGUCCAUCGGUCAUUUGCUUGUGCACGUGUACCCAUCGUCCAUGGACAACACCAAGGUUCUCGUUCUCAAGUUGGACGAAUCGCGGGCAAAGUUCCAACAAAAUGAGUACGGCUACGGAAUCUCAAAUGACUUGGACUUGAAGUUUAACGAUCUAACAGUUUCGCUCUCGAGUAUGCCUCCGCCACCAGAGACGUUUAUCGAAACGUGCACUGUUGCUGAGUUUGUUUCUUUUGCCAAGCAGGCAAAGGGCGGCACGAUAUUUGUGUUUCCCUCGUUUAAGAUCUCCAUGCGGACAUUUGAAAAGGGCCAAAGCAACGUUAUCGAGUACUUGUUCCAGUCUUCCUUUGGAGGCACAGUUGCAGUGCGGUGGAACUUGGGUUCAGUCAACUUUAUCCGCGAAAUGUACAACAUUCAUUCGAGUGCACUUUCCACCAGGAUUGAGUACAAGCAGAAUAUACAGAAAAAGUUUGACUCGCCAGUCAAAGAGGAACCGCCGGCGUUGUCAACGCUUAAACAGCAAUUGGGCGAGGGGGACUCAACAAAGGAAAUAGACAAUGCCAUCAAGGAGACGAUGGAAAAGGUUGAGAUCCAGUCUAAAUACAGAUACUCGCCUCUUGCGCCGCCAAUAAUAGAAGCACCCCAGCUCAAAGAGUUGGGCAAUGCCACACCGCCGUUGGAGUGGUUUGGACUAAACAGAGACAAGUUCCCCAACUUUACCCAUGAGUUGGUUAUUGUCAACCUCCAGAGAUUGGUCCAUGAGGUGGAAACGCAGUACUCGAAAAUGUUGGGCAAAAUGUAA